AUGUCAUCACCAACAGUGGACAACCAGAAUUUCGCAAACAAUCUCUUCACCGACAUUGCGCCAUUAUUAGUUCUCUUUGGCGACGAGACCACGAAGCAAUUCCUUUCCACCUCAAUGGGUUGGGCUGAUAAUAUGCUUCUUGCAAUUUGCCCGAUUGGUAUCAUGACGAUCAUCAUUUCCGCCAUUAGGAUCAGUGGUAAUACUUUUCUAAAGUCGGUUAUCAGCAGAGCUCGAGACUCGGCAGAUGAGGAGGAGAAGGAACUCCUCUCAUCUACAUCAGCAACCGUUCGCGAAAUAUGGGACGGCCAUCGAGUCGUUCGGCAAACCGGGGAGCCCACGACCCUAGAGCUGAUAUUAAUUUCCAAUUGGAAGGAGCCUAAACCUGAGGGAUACCAGCGUCCUCCAUUUAAAAAUGCUCUGAAUCCUUUGGACGAAGUGCUAUACGCUGUUUCGGGAAGCAAACUUGGUUUAGACGACCCAUACAGAGGGACAGUCAAUCCCGAUGUUAGGCGACUUAUAUCCGGAAAAGCACCGCCAAAUCUGACGCUCAAUAUUGCUCAUGCUGUCCCAGCGCAGAGGAAAGUCGUUUUUUCCGUCUGCUUAGGAAUUUUAAUUCAAGUGGCAAUGAUUGUUGUGAAUGCAAUAGCUGUUUAUCACUUGCAUUGGCUUAGAGCGGGGAGAGCUGUUGCCUCUUACGGCUUCCCAUCUGGGCGACUGGAACAAUCAGCAUUGCUUUUGGAGUGUCACUGUGUGCCCGAGCAAUUCAGUGUAGUACGGCAACAAAUAUUUUACGCCCACUCGAACUCGAAUCCCCACCGGGGCGAGAGAGACCGAGUCGCAAACCUCCCUGCAUACCUCAUUUUCACCGAUGAAAGCAACCCUCAAAUCAAAAUCUCAAGGCGCAUUUGGCCAUGGAUUGAAAACGAUGAUAACAAGAUGGAACCCUCCAAGAUCGAAGGCAGGGAAAACCAGUCAAAUAUAUCCGAAAUUGAAAGGGGUGAAAAAAGGUCCGUAGCUUCCAAGGUUGAGAAACAGAUGAUCAAGUCCAAGAUGGAAAUUAAAGAAACGUUUCUCACUAUAUUGGGGACCCUACUAGCGCUAUUCGGAUUCUUCUGCCAGAAUAUUGGAACUAGAGAGCUCCAUUGGUCCGCUGCAGUUUUGCAGCUCGGUGGCACAGUAACCGUUUCAUUCCUCCGGGCUUUGCUUCGACGGCACGUAGGACGAACGCCAGACCCGCUUCCAAUCCCCAUGCGCAUGCUCACUGGAGCCGGAGCAUCCCAACUUGCCUUGUGUCUUGAGGGGUUAGAUGAAAAAACUGUGAAGCCACUAGGGUGCUAUAUGCUCAGUGAAAAACCUUAUCAGCUGGAGGACGCUAGGCACCACAUCUAUCCUCCAAAUGAUGAAACACUAAGAUCGCCGAAAAUGGUUCACGAGCUUUUGGAAAGGACGAGACAGGACUCCUUUGAACCAGAGACGGAUUUUGACUGCACAAGAACUCUGCGUAUCUUGAAUAUGCAAAGUACGUUGACACAAUACGAACCGGAUCUGGACGACAUCGCCGGGAUCGCUUCAAGACUUUUCUUACUUAUCACCACUACGCCCCAAGAAGGCACUGCUCCCCCAUUUACUAUGGGGCUGGAUCGAAUCCUGGGUCAUGCAAAAGAUGGAAUAUCAGGCAAGCAAAUGCAAGACGACUUGAUGUCCUGGAUGGGAAAAGCAUACGAUAUUACGCUGCAAGAACAGGGUAAUCCAAAGACCGCGAGUGUAACUGGUCUGGACAGUUCCGAGCUACACCGUCAUCCAACCCUCGGACUACGAUUCAGGGACCUAUUCGAUAUAUAAGCAAAUUCUUAAGCUGGUAGAGGA